AUGGGCCCCUGUACCGCCUCCUCAUGCUGCUGCCAGGCCCGUAAUCUGCCAUGGGCCCCCGUACCGACUCCUCAUGCUGCUGCCAGGCCCGUAAUCUGUCAUGGGCCCCUGUACCGCCUCCUCAUGCUGCUGCCAGGUCCAGAGUGUCUCAUGGGUCCCUGUACGGCCUCCCAUUGCUGCUGUCUCCAUCGCCACACUCUGCCAUGUGCCACUUUCAGGUCUCCUCACACUGCUGGUGGGUUCCAUUUUGUCAUAGGGUGCUGUAUGGCCUCCCAUUGCUGCUGCCUCCACCGCCACACUGUGGCUCCACGCUCUGGUUUUGGCCCCGUGACUGCCCAAAUGAGUGAAGUGUGCGGUGAUUCUAAGAUCGACGGCACUCAUCUGCAUGUCAUACUGACUGACAGUAUUAUUUCUCUUCCCCAGCAGACUCCAAGGGCAUUUAAAUUAAAGGUACAGUGUUCUGCACUAAUAUAA